AGCUCUCUCUCUCUCCCUUUCUCUCUCUAGAAAAAACACGCACCAGAAUGUGCAAACAGCAGACAACCCCGUCAUCGCCACAACCAACACCACCCAGUAAGAUGAAAUGCAAUAACAUUUCAUCAGCAGAUUCCGACAUGUUCACUUCUUUGAUUCCAGCAAUUGAUCAUCACAAACCCACCACCCAUCUCUCUCUUCUGCUUCAAGAAUCAAUCUCCAUAUCCAAAAUAGCUUUCCCCAUGAUCCUAACCGGUCUGCUCCUCUACUCCCGCUCCAUGAUCUCCAUGCUCUUCCUCGGCCGGCUAGGCGACCUCGCCUUAGCCGGCGGCUCACUCGCCAUCGGCUUCGCCAACAUCACCGGCUACUCCAUCCUCUCCGGCUUAGCCAUCGGAAUGGAACCCAUUUGCGGCCAAGCCUUCGGCGCUCAAAAAUUCUCCCUCCUCGGACUCUCUCUGCAGAGAACAAUCCUCCUACUCCUCUUCACUUCACUCCCAAUCUCCCUUCUUUGGCUCAACAUGAAACAAAUCCUUCUUCUCUGCGGCCAAGACCCCGCCAUUGCUACACAGGCUCAAGCUUAUCUCUUCUACUCCCUCCCCGAUUUAUUCGCUCAGUCUUUAUUACACCCACUCCGAAUUUACCUCAGAACCCAAUCCAUAACCCUCCCACUCACUUUCUGCGCGGCUGCAUCGAUUCUCUUACACGUGCCGAUCAACUAUUUUCUUGUCUCGAAGCUCGGAAUGGGGAUUAAGGGCGUUGCGCUGAGUGGGGUUUGGACAAACUUCAACCUCGUAGCUUCGUUGAUCCUGUAUAUAAUUAUCUCCGGCGUGUACAAGAAGACGUGGGGUGGUUUAUCAAUGGAGUGUCUGAAAGGAUGGAAGUCUCUUCUUGAUUUAGCCAUUCCGAGCUGCAUUUCUGUUUGCCUGGAAUGGUGGUGGUACGAGAUUAUGAUUCUGCUUUGUGGGCUUCUGUUAAACCCCAGAGCAACCGUUGCUUCAAUGGGGAUUCUGAUUCAGACAACCUCGUUGAUCUACAUAUUCCCGUCUUCUUUAAGCUUCAGUGUUUCUACCAGAGUUGGGAAUGAAAUGCGGGCGCGCCGUCCGAGAAAGGCGAAGCUUGCCGCCGUGGUGGGGCUCUCCGGCAGCUUUAUCCUGGGUUUCUCCGCCCUGUUUUUUGCGGUGUCGGUGAGGAAGAUCUGGGCGACGAUGUUCACACACGAUAAGGAGAUAAUAGCGCUGACGUCACUUGUUCUGCCCAUAAUCGGGCUGUGUGAGCUCGGAAACUGCCCGCAGACGACGGGGUGUGGGGUUCUGAGAGGGACGGCGCGGCCGAAGGUGGGGGCGAAUAUCAACUUGGGGUGCUUUUAUAUGGUGGGUAUGCCGGUGGCGGUGGUGCUGGGUUUCUACUGUGGGAUGGAUUUCGAGGGGCUGUGGAUCGGGCUUCUGGCGGCGCAGGCCUCGUGUAUGGUUACGAUGAUGGUGGUUUUGCUACGGACGGAUUGGGAUUACGAGGCCGGAAGAGCGGAGGAGCUCACCGGCGGCGGCGGCGGCGGCGGAUACGAAAUUAUUCAAGAAAACCAAUCACAAGUUGACGAGAAAGUUAUUCAACCACAAACAAAGGAAGAUUGUCUCUGUUAGUUCUUUUUUUAAUUCAACAAAAAAAAAAAAAUUGUAGGUAGUAGAUAGUUUAGAACUAUAUAGUAAUAUAAAUUAAAAUCGUGACUGAUUUUUUUUUUUUUUUAAUUGUUGAAAUGUAAAGAGGUUGGAGGGAAACUGGGAAGAUUGGGAAAAUUAAAAAAUUUAAUUUAGUCAUGAUAUUUUUAUUAUUAUUUUUUUAUUUUUUGAAUUUGUGAUGGCAAAGGUGUAAUUUUUGCUUGCUUCCUUGUGGGAUUCACUUUAGGAAGUAGUAGCAUACAUUUUUGACCAUGUAUUAGUAGGUCAGAGCAGUCAUUUUGUACCAUAAAUCAAAGAAUGUCUUAUGGCAUUUUUGUAAUAUAAUUUAAAUGAUGCAUUCAAUAUUUAAGCAUCCUUA